AUGAAGAACUUCUUUGGUACCGGCAAGAAGCCAACUUCCUCUCCCUCCUCCUCCACUCCUCCCCCUUCCUCUUCAAGGAAAUCCGCCACUUUCGAGGAGCGCGACCGCGAGCACGACUCGUCUGAACAACCUCCGCCAUACUCUUCCGAGCCUUCUUCGCCCGCCCGCGAGAAGUCGCCUACAAAGUCUUCAAGGAGAUCAUCUCGGCCCCCAUCCACAGCCGAAUCAACAAAGACCUCUCGUUCUUCUAGACUGUCGAGACAUUCCACCGAUCCCAGUCACUCCCACUCUCAUUCUUCCUCUCGUCGAUCCAAGUACGAGCCUGAGACGCAUCCUCUUAACCUCCCACCCGAAGAACGCAAGCGACUCUCCGCUCUUGCCACAGCCAUGAACGGUAACUCUAUGGAUGUUGAUAGCGAACCUGUUAGUGGCGCUCGCUCAACCACUCCUCCCAACCCAAAAGCCAAUGCACAGGCCAACUUUUCCGUUCCCAUUCCCAACGGAACAAGUCAUGAUGACGGCGCCCCUCCACCACCUCCUCACAAGUCCAACCCUGGAAGCCCAACGAUCACACCUGAGGAGGAUGCCGAGUCUUACAAGAAUGCGGGCAACCGCUUUUUCAAGGAGAAGAAUUACUAUAAAGCCAUCGAGCAGUACAGUAAAGCUGUCGACUUGUUCCCUUUCUCCGCUACUUAUCUAGGUAACCGAGCUGCGGCUUAUAUGUCUAAUGGCCAAUAUGAGCACGCUCUUGAGGAUUGCUCCAGGGCUGCCGACUCUGAUCCCCAGAAUGCCAAGGUCCUUCUGCGACUAGCCCGUAUUUAUACUGGUCUGGGCCGACCAGAGGAGGCUCUGACAACCUUUAGCCGCAUUGAUCCCCCACCUUCCGCCAAGGAUAUGGUCCCAGCCAAGGAAAUGUUACACCACAUCCAGUCCGCCCGUGACAUUCUUCAGCAGGGUAACGGAUCUGGCAUGUCCAUGGUGCUCCAUGCCCUUGACCUGGCUGAGCGCGGCCUUGGUCACCGUGUUAGUAAGCCCCGUAAGUGGCAGCUUAUGCGCGGAGAGGCAUAUCUAUUGAUGGGACGUGAGAACUCUUUAGGAGAGGCGCAAAACAUUGCCAUGAACCUCCUCCGAAACAACAACCAGGAUCCUGAGGCUCUUGUCCUCCGCGGACGUGUACUAUACGGCCAAGGCGAGAACGACAAGGCGAUCCAAUGCUUCCGCAUGGCCAUUAACUGUGACCCUGAUUUUCGUGAUGCUGUCAAGUGGCUGAGGAUCGUUCAGAGACUUGACCGCAUGAAGGAGGAGGGUAACGCCGACUUCAAGGCCGGACGUCUUCAGCCUGCUAUUGAGAAGUACACCAAUGCUUUGGACAUUGACCCUUCCAACAAGAGCAUGAACUCCAAGCUGCUGCAAAACCGGGCGCAGUGCAAGAUUAAGCUCAAGCAGUACGAUGAUGCUAUUGCCGACUGUGAGCGCGCUAUCAGUCUUGACCCUGGUUACACAAAGGCUCGCAAGACCAAGGCCAAUGCUUUGGGUGGUGCCGAGAGAUGGGACGAUGCAGUCAAAGAAUGGAAGGCGAUCCAAGAGCUCGAGCCAGAGGACCGCAACAUCGCCAAGGAAAUUCGCAGGGCGGAACUUGAGUUGAAGAAGGCCCAGCGAAAGGAUUACUACAAGAUUGUGGGUGUCGAGAAGCAUGCCACAGAGAACGAGAUCAAGAAGGCAUACCGCAAGAUGGCUGUCAAGCUUCACCCCGACAAGAACCCUGGCGACUCCCAGGCUGAGGAGAAGUUCAAGGACUUGCAGGAGGCUUACGAGACCUUGAGUGACCCUCAGAAGCGUGCUGCCUACGAUAACGGUGAUGACCUUAUGGACCCUAACGACAUGUUCGGUGGCGGCGGCAUGGGUGGAGGUAUGGGAGGCAUUGACCCUGAGAUCCUCUUCAGCAUGAUGGGCCAGCAGGGCUUCGGCGGUGGAGGCGGCGGCUUCCGAUCUGCUGGAGGCUUCCCUGGUGGUGGCGGCGGUGCCCACUUUAACUUUGGUGGUGAUCCCAGACAACAGCGUGGAGGAUACCCUGGUGGUUUCAACUUCUCAUGA